AUGGCUAUCCGGAAUGGGGUAGCGCUUGAUAACCGACAUGUCGUACCGUACAACCCGUGGUUUUCACACAAGUACGACUGUCAUAUCAACGUGGAAGUGUGUACGUCCAUCACCGGUGUCAAGUACCUGUACAAAUACGUGUACAAGGGCAACGAUCGAGCUGCUGUAUCUUUCGUAUCGAGAGUGGAUGAAAUCGCCGACUACGUGCGUUGUGAUGAUUUCCGCUUCCGAUUGAAUCCGGAAGAGCAGGACAACCUGCAUCUGCCGUCUGAGUUCCUCAAAUCGCUUAACAGCGGCAUACCAUUGCACCGUUUGCGGCUGAAGCGAUACGCGCCCGUUCUACUGCUGCGCAACCUGAAUACCGACAUGGGGUUGUGCAACGGCACUCGCUUGCAGAUUGUGGAAAUGAAGGCGAAUUACAUUAAUGCCCGCAUACUACGCAUACUUCCCCGAAUCUACUGCGAUAGCAGCGAUAAGGGUCUACCGUCCCAGAUACGACGCAAACAGUUUCCUGUUCAGCCUUGCCUCGCGAUGACGAUCAAUAAAUCGCAAGGGCAAUCGCUGCACCAUUUGGGUCUCUUUCUGCCGAGACAUGUGGUUGCUCACGGUCAGUUGUAUGUGGCGUUAUCGCGCGUUAAGCUACGGGGCCACGAGCGUUGA